GGCUACUUAAGGAGAAAUUCACAUUGGUGUCACUUGGACCAGCUUUCUGCUUGCAGGCUGGUCCACUCUCUCCAUGAGACAGUGAUGGGGGGUUUCAACACAAUGCAAAGACCUGCUGCUCCUCUUCUCCUUAUGGGUCUGCUCUUCACUUUCUGCCUACAGACUGCAAAUUCCCAGGGAUGUACGUCAAGUGAUUUUCGGUGUUCUAGUGGCCGUUGUAUUCCAUUAAGCUGGCGGUGUGAUGGAUCAGCAGAUUGUCCGGAUAACUCAGACGAAUCUGGCUGCCCUCCGCGGUCAUGUGCAGCGAGUCAGUUUCGGUGUGGGGAUGGCGAAUGCAUUGUCCGAUCUUGGGUGUGUGACGAUGAAGAAGACUGUAACGAUGGCUCUGAUGAACAGCAUUGUCCCGGGAGAACUUGCUCCGCUCAGCAGUUCACAUGCAUUAGUGGUCAGUGCAUCCCAGGGGCUUAUAAAUGUGACCGAAUGAAGGACUGCACAGAUGGAUCCGACGAACGCAACUGCCAAUAUCCCGUGUGCAGUCAGCUUUCGUGUGCCAGUGGAGCCUGCUUCAAUACAAGUCAGAGGUGUGAUGGGAUUGUCAACUGCCGGGAUGCUUCAGACGAGGCCAAUUGUACACAGAAAUGUCUGACCAACGAGUUUCCGUGCGCGAACGGUGAAUGUAUCCCUCGAGAUUUCAUCUGUGACCACGAUGACGACUGUGGAGAUGGAAGCGAUGAAAAGAAUUGCACUUACCCAACCUGUAAAGGGGAUUCUUUCACUUGCCCAAGUGGUCGUUGUAUACACCAGAGCUGGCUGUGUGACGGGGACGAUGACUGCGAUGACAACGCUGAUGAAAAUGGCUGUGAAAGUGGGCUGAGAGAAUGUGGUCCAGGAGAAUGGUCUUGUCCGUCGUCCGGCCAGUGCAUCCCUAUAGACAAAGUCUGUGAUGGAACCGUUCAUUGCCGAUUUGGCGAGGAUGAAACCAAUGCAACGGCUGGGAGGAACUGCAGUACUAGUAACUGCGCUGCGCUGAGUUGCUCAUACCGGUGUCAUUCCUCUCCAUCUGGCGGUGUCUGCUUUUGUCCAGCAGGAUACAUCAUUAGCGCAAACGACAGCCGGACCUGCAUCGAUUUUAACGAUUGUCAAAUCUGGGGCAUAUGUGAUCAGCUCUGUGAAGAUCGUAUGGGCAGUCAUCGCUGCAGCUGUGUUAAUGGAUACGUCUUGGAACAUAACAAGCACUGUAGAGCCAACACCUCCACUGGACCUCCAUGGUUGAUCUUCUCCAAUGGACGAGAUCUGCUGAUCGGCGACAUUCAUGGCAAUAGCUAUCGCACAUUAGUGCGUUCACAGAAUCGUGGAAUAGCCGUGGGGGUGGAUUUCCAUUUUCAGCUUCGACAAGUCUAUUGGACGGACACUGUGCAGGACAAGGUUUUUUCUGCGGACAUAGAUGGCUCAAAUGUACGACAAGUCCUUAACGUUUCUGUUGACUCCCCUGAAAACUUAGCAGUCGACUGGAUUGGCAAUAAGCUUUAUGUGGUUGAAACAAGUGUCAACAGGAUUGACAUGGUAGACCUUGAUGGGCAGAAUCGGAUAACAUUAAUAGCAGAAGAUUUGGGCAACCCAAGGGGAAUAGCAGUUGAUCCAACAAUCGGGUACUUAUUCUUCUCUGAUUGGGACAGUGUAUCUGGAGAUCCCAAGCUGGAAAGAGCAUUUAUGGAUGGCACAAGUCGUCAUGAUUUAAUUAAAACCAAACUGGGCUGGCCAGCUGGUAUCACCCUGGAUAUUGUGUCUAAGAGGGUGUACUGGGUGGAUAGCCGCUACGACUACAUUGAAACUGUGACCUAUGAUGGUCUGCAAAGGAAAACAAUAGUACAUGGAGGGAAUAUUGUUCCACAUCCUUAUGGAAUUAGUAUCUUCGAGCAUUUUGUGUAUUUUACCGACUGGACAAAACUCGCUGUGAUGAAGGCCAACAAAUUCUCAGACAUCACAACUCAAGCUGUCUUUACUUCUUCAUCAAGACCUUAUGGAGUCACCGUUUAUCAUUCUGCUCGCCAGCCAUAUGUGCGAAACCCUUGUGGAAUCAAUAAUGGAGGGUGUGAGCAGAUAUGCGUCCUCAGUCACAGAACUGACAAUGAUGGCCUUGGGUAUAGAUGCCGCUGUCGAGUUGGGUUUGAUUUACAUCAAGAUGGACGCCGUUGUGUUGGUGUGCAAAAGUUUCUGCUUUUCUCCUCACAACUUGCUGUCCGAGGGAUUCCAUUUAACCUCUCCACCCAGGAAGACGUCAUCAUUCCCAUCACUGGGGUCCCCUCCUAUUUUGUUGGAAUCGAUUUUGAUGCUCAAGAUAACAGCAUAUUUUAUUCCGACACUGUAAAAGACAUGAUCUACAAGCAAAAAGUAGAUGGUACAGGGAAGGAAAUUCUCACCGCUAAUAGGGUGGAAGGCGUAGAAGACCUGGCUUAUGACUGGAUCUCUAAGAACCUCUACUGGACGGACCCAAGAUAUAGAAGCAUCAGUGUCAUGAGGCUUGUAGAUAAGUCGCGAAGAGCGAUCAUUCAGAAUUUAAAUCAGCCUCGCUCCAUCGUAGUCCACCCUGUGAUGGGGUUUCUUUAUUGGACUGACUGGUACCGACCCGCUAAAAUUAUGAGGUCUUGGUGUGAUGGAUCACAUGCAUCGCCAAUUGUGAAUACAACUCUUGGAUGGCCAAAUGGUUUGGCAAUGGACUGGAGCUCACUACGGAUCUAUUGGGCGGAUGCUUUCUUUGAUAAAGUGGAACACAGCAAUUUUGAUGGCUCUGACCGACAAACUCUUAGCAGAAUAACACAGAUGACACAUCCCUUUGGCCUCACUAUUUAUGGAGGCUAUGCAUACUUAACUGACUGGAGGCUGCAGGCCAUUGUCCGGGUCAGGAAAUAUGAUGGCGGAGAAAUGACAAUCAUUCGCAGAGGAAUUAGUAAUAUUGCACAUGUGAAAUCGUUUGAUGCCGGCAUUCAGAUAGGGUCAAAUCAGUGCAAUCGUCCAACAAAUCCAAACGGAGAUUGCAGUCACUUCUGUUUCCCGGUCCCUAACUACCAAAGGGUUUGUGGCUGCCCCUAUGGGUUGAGGCUCCGUCCUGAUCAAGUCUCUUGCGUGGAAGAUCCAUCAAAUGAACCCCCAACAAUGCAAUGUGGUCUUUAUUCAUUUGCCUGUUCCAACGGCAAGUGUGUUCCUGGUUAUUACCGCUGUGAUGGUGUCGAUGACUGUCAUGACAACAGCGAUGAACAGGGCUGUGGAUCCCCAAACAAUACAUGUUCCUCCAGAGCAUUUACGUGCCGCAAUGGGCAAUGCAUCCCCCAGAACUGGCGUUGUGACAAACACAAUGACUGUCUUGAUGGGAGCGAUGAACAGAAUUGUCCAACUCAAGGUCCUCGGUCAUGUCCUGCCACCUCAUACACCUGUAAUAACAACCACUGCAUCCCAAGGACCUGGCUGUGUGACACAGAUAAUGACUGCGGAGAUGGAUCGGAUGAACUGAACUGCAACUUCACCAAUACGUGUGAGCCAGGCCAAUUCCAAUGUCCAGAUCAUCGCUGUAUCGACCCAUCUUAUGUGUGUGAUGGUGACAAAGACUGCGUUGAUGGUUCCGAUGAAAAAGACUGCAUUUACAACUGCACAGCCUUGCAGUUUGCAUGUGCAAAUGGUAUCCAGUGCAUCAGCAGCUAUAAGCAGUGCGAUGGAGUGUUUGACUGCAAUGAUCAUUCUGAUGAAACAAACUGUCCAACUCGACCCGCAGGAAUGUGCCAUCAGCAUGAAUUUCAGUGCCAGUCAGAUGGGUCAUGUAUCCCUUCAAACUGGGAAUGUGAUGUACAUCCAGACUGUGUGGAUGGUUCUGAUGAACACCAGAGUUGUGUGGUUAGAACAUGCUCUCCCUCCCAAUUUCAAUGUGACAAUGGAAACUGUAUCUAUCGUUCCUGGAUUUGCGAUGGAGACAAUGACUGUCGAGACAUGAGUGAUGAAAAAGACUGCCCAACUCCACCAUUCCGCUGUCCCAGCUGGCAGUGGCAGUGCCCAGGCCUAAGCGUAUGUGUGAACAUCAGCAAAGUAUGUGAUAACACGCCAGACUGUCCCAAUGGGGCAGAUGAGUCUCCUCUUUGCAAUCAGGAGAGCUGCACUGACAGUAAUGGUGGUUGCACUCAUGGAUGUAUUCAAGGACCUUUUGGAGCCCAGUGCACCUGUCCAGUUGGAUACCAGCUGUUGAAUGACUCUAAAACCUGUGACGAUAUCAAUGAGUGUCUAAUUCCUGGGAUUUGCAGUCAAAGCUGUAAUAAUGAGCGUGGCUCCUUCAGAUGUGACUGUGAUGAGGGUUAUAUUUUAGAACCCAAUGGAAGAACUUGUAAAGCCUCCGAGUUUGGCAAUCUGUUGCUGUUGGUGGCAAGUCGUAACCAGAUUGUCGCAGACAAUAUCAGCACACAGGCUCACAACAUUUACUCAGUGAUAAGGGAUGGACGCAAUAUAGUGGCCGUGGAUUUUGAUUCUGUUACUGAUCGAAUUUUCUGGUCUGACACGACGCAGGAUAAAAUAUGGACUGCUUAUACCAAUGGGACAGACAGGAAAAUUAUUUUUGACAGUGGUGUCACCGUGACGGAAAGCAUUGCUGUGGACUGGGUAGGACGAAAUCUUUACUGGACUGACUAUAUUUUGGAGACAAUCGAAGUCUCUCGACUCGAUGGGACACACAGGGCUGUCCUCAUCAGUGAGAACGUGACAAAUCCUCGAGGACUUGUGUUGGAUCCUAGAACAGAUGCCCGGCUAAUGUUUUGGACGGACUGGGGAAGAAGUCCUAGAAUAGAAAGGUCCAGUAUGGAUGGAACCUUAAGAACAGUUAUCAUUUCAGAGAAGAUUUAUUGGCCCAAUGGACUAACUAUUGAUUAUCCCACUAAGCGCCUCUACUUUGCAGAUGCCUAUCUUGACUACAUUGACUACUGUGAUUACAAUGGAAAUAACAGAAGGCAGGCCUUGGCCAGUGAUUUGGUGCUACAACAUCCACAUGCUAUUGCCAUUUUUGAAGAUUACAUUUAUUGGAGUGACCGAUACACUAAUCGCGUUUUACGAGCCAACAAGUGGCAUGGCGGAAACCAGACUGUUAUGAUCUAUAAUAUUCACCAACCGAUGGGGCUCUCAGCUGUUCAUCCUGUUAAACAGCCUGGAGGGCUAAAUCCAUGUGCAUCAAACCCGUGCAGCCAUCUUUGCUUGCUGUCUUCAAGUUCUCCAAAAUUUUAUUCUUGUGUCUGUCCUUCAGGUUGGAACUUAAUGGCUGAUUUAGUAAACUGCCAGCGAGAUGAAAAGCCUUUCCUUAUUAUAGUAAGAGAUAAUAUCAUUUAUGGGAUGUCUCUUGACCCCCUGCAAAAGACCAACGAUGCCAUGGUACCAAUAGCAGGCAUCCGUAAUGGAUAUGAUGUGGAAUUUGAUGACUCAGAGGAAAUGAUCUACUGGAUUGAAAAUCCUGGUGAAAUACACAGAGUGAAGGCAGAUGGAAGUAACAGGACGGCAUUUGCCCCAUCUGCGAUCAUGGGCACGCCUGUUGGUCUGGCCUUAGACUGGAUUUCAGGGAACCUUUACUACACAAAUCCAGGGACUCAAUCAAUUGAGGUUCUUAAACUGUAUGGAGAUGUAAAGUAUCGAAAGACUGUUAUUACAAAUGAUGGGACCCCUACUGGAGCUGGAAGACCACUUGGAAUAGCUGUGGAUCCCGCUAGAGGAAAGAUGUACUGGACGGACCAGGGGACACCUCCAAAGAUUGCCAGUGCACAUAUGGAUGGCUCCAACCCAACCGUCUUGUACACCAACAACCUUGAUCAUGUCGAGUUUAUCACAAUUGACAUCGCGGAGCAGAAGCUGUACUGGGCCGUUACUGGCAGCGGAGUGAUUGAAAGAGGAAAUGUGGAUGGAACGAACAGAAUUACCAUAGUGCAGCAUCUCUCACACCCCUGGGGUAUAGCUGUUCAUGAGAACUAUCUGUACUAUACUGACCGGGACUACGAGGCCAUUGAACGCGUGGAUAAGUCUACGGGAUCUAACCGGGUGGUCAUGAGAGACAACGUCUCAGGUCUCAAGUGUCUACGUGUCCACUACAGAGACAAAGUGUCCGGUUCUUCUAAUGGAUGCAGCAACAACCCUGAUGCCUGCCAGCAGCUGUGCUUACCCAAACCCAGUGGACGGUUCGCUUGUGCGUGUGCUACAGGAUUCAACCUGAGCGCUGAUAACAGAACCUGCACGCCGUACAACUCCUUUAUUGUGGUGUCAAUGCUGUCUGCAAUCAAAGGGUUCAGCUUAGAAUCUGCCGAUCACUCCGAAGCUAUGGUACCAAUGGCAGGAAGAGGACGUAAUGCUCUUCAUGUGGAUGUUCACAUGCAGUCUGGUUUCAUAUACUGGUGUGACUUCAGCAGCUCUUCGUCUGGAUACAAUGCCAUCCGCCGGGUUAAACCCAAUGGCUCCUAUUUUAGAAAUGUUGUUACUGGUGGUAUUGGGAGGAAUGGAAUUCGAGGAAUCGCUGUCGACUGGGUUGCAGGAAAUCUCUACUUCACCAAUGCAUUCCUGACCGAAACCUUCAUCGAAGUAGUUCGCCUGAACACCACCUACCGUCGUGUCCUAAUGAAAACCUCAGUGGAUAUGCCCAGGCAUAUUGUGGUGGACCCUAGGAACAGAUACCUCUUUUGGGCAGAUUAUGGACAAAAUCCCAAAAUUGAGCGGGCAUUUCUGGAUUGCACCAACAGAACCGUCCUGGUGUCUGAGGGAAUUGUUACACCCAGAGGUUUAGCUGUGGAUCGCCAUACUGGCUAUGUUUAUUGGGUCGAUGACUCUUUGGAUAUGAUUGCAAGGGUUCGACCGGAAGGUGGUGAAACCGAAAUAGUAAGAUAUGGCAACCGUUACCCAACGCCUUAUGGGAUUACCGUAUUUGAGAACACAAUUAUUUGGGUGGAUCGAAACUUGAAAAAGGUUUUCCAAGCCAGCAAGGAACCUGGAAACACCGAGCAGCCAACUGUCCUCAGGGAUAAUAUCAAUCUUCUUAGGGACGUUACUGUAUUCGACAAACGUUUUCAACCCAUUUCACCGGAGGAAGUCGGCAACAAUCCAUGCUUGGUGAAUAACGGAGGGUGUGCACACUUUUGCUUUGCUCUACCUGGGACACAGACUCGAAAGUGUGGUUGUGCCUUUGGGGCAAUUAGUGGCGAUGGAACAAGAUGCAUCAUAUCAACAGAUGACUACUUGAUAUAUGCCCUUGAAGGCUCCAUUAAUAGCUUGCCCCUGGACCCUGAGAAUCACAGUCCUCCUUUCCCCAGGGUCAAUGUCCCUAGGACAGCAGUGGCUCUGGAUUUUGACAGCUUGGAUAACAGAAUAUACUACACCCGAAGUGCAGGAGCGGGGCGGAGUGAAAUUCGCUACUUUGGUCUUUCAUCUUUAAAUCAGCAUACUACGGUGGCUUCAGAUUUGGGAGCUCCGGAUGGAAUAGCCUUUGACUGGAUCCAUAAAAGGGUUUAUUACAGUGACUAUCAAAACCAGACCAUAACCUCAAUGGCACUGGAUGGGUCCAAUCGUACUGUGAUUGCUCGCGUAUCCCGGCCCAGAGCUAUCAUGUUGGAUCCGUGCAGAGGGUACAUGUACUGGACGGACUGGGGCACCAAUGCCAAGAUAGAAAGAGCCACGCUAGGAGGAAACUUCCGCACAGUCAUUGUGAACUCCAGCUUGGUAUGGCCAAAUGGACUUACCCUUGACUACGAAGAAGAGCGACUCUAUUGGGCUGAUGCAGUUUUCCAGAAGAUAGAACGCUGCUCUUUAACUGGCGCAAAUCGUGAAGUUGUGGUUAGCACUGCCAUAUAUCCAUUUGCUAUGACCCUGUAUGAUCAACACAUUUAUUGGACUGACUGGAACACAAAGAGCAUAUACCGGGCGAAUAAAUACGACGGUUCAGAUCAAAUAGUUAUGGUCCAGAACCUUCCACGGCGCCCAAUGGAUAUCCAUGUUCUGUCUAAAAGCAAGCAACAGCAGUGCGCCAGCCCCUGCGAUCAGUUCAAUGGUGGCUGCAGCCACAUCUGUGCGCCAGGUCCCAAUGGAGCAGAAUGCCAAUGUCCUUCAGCUGGAAGCUGGUAUUUGGCAAACAACAACAAGGACUGUAUUGUAGACAACGCCACUAGGUGCCAGAGCGGGCAGUUUACAUGUCUCAAUGGGCGAUGCAUAUCGGAAAGAUGGAAGUGUGACAAUGAUAAUGACUGCCAAGAUGGCAGCGAUGAACUGGAACGUGUAUGUGCUUUUCAUACCUGCUCACCGACAGCGUUCACCUGCGGCAAUGGGAAAUGUGUGCUCUAUAGCUAUCGCUGCGACCACUAUAAUGACUGUGGAGAUAAUAGUGACGAAGCCGGAUGUCUGUUCAGAACCUGCGACCCAAACACUGAAUUUGCCUGUAACAAUGGCAGGUGUAUCUCCCGCUCAUACGUUUGCAAUGGAGUCAACAACUGCUAUGACAAUGGCACAUCUGAUGAAAGGAAUUGCCCCGAUCGCACAUGUCAGCCAGGGUACACCAAAUGUCAGAGCACCAACAUUUGCAUUCCUCGUACUUAUCUUUGUGAUGGGGAUAAUGACUGCGGAGAUAUGAGCGAUGAAAGCCCCACUCAUUGUGAUACUCUAACAUGCACAGAAAGUGAAUUCCGCUGCACCUCCGGACGUUGUAUUCCUGGUCACUGGUACUGCGAUCAGGGAGCGGACUGUGCAGACGGCUCUGAUGAACCCGCAUCGUGUGUUUCCCAUGUGAGGACAUGCUCAAGUGACCAGUUCAGGUGUGAUGAUGCCCGGUGUAUCCCAGCGAGAUGGGUCUGUGAUGGUGAUAAUGAUUGUGGCGACAUGAGUGAUGAAGACCAGAGACACAACUGUGCCAACCGCAGCUGUGCCCCAACAGAGUUCACCUGUGUCAACAACAGACCCCCCGAUAGACGGUGUAUUCCACAAAACUGGGUUUGUGAUGGAGAUUCAGACUGCAGUGAUGCCUACGAUGAACUCCAGAACUGUACAAGACGGACUUGCACCGGCACAGAGUUCGCUUGUAGUAAUGGCCUCUGUAUCCGAAAUAGCUUCAGGUGUGACAGACGCAAUGACUGCGGAGAUAACAGCGAUGAAAGAGGGUGCAGCUACCCGUCUUGCCAGCAGCAGCAGUUCACCUGUCAGAAUGGUCGUUGCAUUACCAGAGCCUACGUCUGUGAUGGAGACAAUGACUGUGGGGACGAGUCCGAUGAACUGGAACAUCUUUGCAGCAUCCCAGAGGCCACCUGUGCUCCAAACUUCUUUAAAUGUGACAAUGGCCACUGUAUUGAAGCUGUCAAAGUCUGCAACAGGAUUGAUGAGUGCUCUGAUAACAGCGAUGAGAAAGGAUGCGGUAUUAAUGAGUGCACAGAUCCCUCUAUCAGCGGCUGUGAUCACAACUGUACAGAUACACAGACAAGCUUCUUCUGCAGCUGUCGAGCUGGGUACAGGCUCAUGUCCGAUAAACGGACCUGUGAUGAUAUCGAUGAGUGUGCAGAGUCUCCUUGGGUCUGCAGCCAAAUCUGCGAGAACACUCCCGGCUCCUACAUCUGCAAGUGUUCUCCUGGCUACAUCAGGGAGCCCGAUGGAAAAAGCUGCCGCCAAAAUAGCAAUAUUUCCCCUUACCUUAUAUUCAGUAACCGGUAUUAUCUGAGAAACCUGACUGUGGACAGUCUGUCUUAUUCUCUAAUAUUACAAGGUCUGAGCAACGUGGUGGCCCUGGACUUUGAUCGAGUGGAAGAAAGAUUGUAUUGGAUUGACGUGGGAAGGAGAGUCAUGGAGAGAAUGUUCUUAAAUGGAACUAACAAAGAGACAAUUAUUAACAAUGAUAUCCUGAGCGGGGAAGGUUUAGCGGUUGAUUGGGUUGGCAGAAAGCUAUACUGGGUGGACUCCUAUAAGAACUGUAUCAGUGUUGCGGAGCUGGAUGGACGGUUCAGGAAGAGGCUCGUUGACCGCUGUGCAGACGUCAAUAACACCUUCUGCUUUCAGCACCCCAGAGCUAUCGUGCUUCAUCCGAAGAAAGGGCACAUUUACUGGACAGACUGGGGAGACAUGCCAUACAUUGGCAGAGUCGGCAUGGAUGGCAAGAACAAAACCGUUAUCAUCUCUACUAAACUGGAAUGGCCUAAUGGGAUCACAAUAGAUUACACCAAUGACAAGCUCUACUGGGCUGAUGCUCACUUGAACUACAUUGAGUAUUCGGACCUGGAUGGUAGACACCGGCACUCUGUCUAUGACGGAAACCUCCCUCACCCUUUUGCUAUCACUGUAUUUGAAGAUACCAUAUAUUGGACCGACUGGAACACGAGAACGGUGGAAAAGGGAAAUAAAUACAAUGGGUCCGGAAGAACCAUGCUAGUCAACACCACGCACAGGCCAUUUGAUAUUCAUGUGUAUCAUCCUUACAGGCAGCCUAUAGUGAACAAUCCCUGCGGCCGAAACAACGGAGGCUGCUCCCACUUGUGUCUCAUUAAAGAAGGAGGCCAAGGGUACACGUGUGAAUGUCCAGACAAUUUCCUGGCCAUGCAGUUUGGAAAUGUCAUUCGCUGCCUUCCUUCCUGCUCCAGUACCCAGUUUUUAUGUUCCGACAGUGAAAGAUGUAUCCCGAUCUGGUGGAAAUGUGAUGGGCAGCGAGACUGCAGGGAUGGCUCAGAUGAGCCACCUACCUGUCCUCAUCGUUACUGCCCUGUGGGACAUUUCCAGUGCAAUGAUGGAAACUGCACAAGUUCUCACUUCUUGUGUAACACCGUCCAAGAUUGUCCAGACAACUCUGAUGAAGAUCCAGUGCUUUGUGCCACUCACCAAUGUGAUGACCACCAAUGGCAGUGUGCCAACAAGCGCUGUAUCCCCGAGUCAUGGCAGUGCGACACAGAGGAUGACUGCGGUGACAACUCAGAUGAAGACAGCACCCACUGCGCCACCAGAACCUGCAAUCCUGGACAAUUCAAAUGCAACAAUGGACGCUGCAUCCCUCAGAGCUGGAAGUGUGACGUGGACAAUGAUUGUGGGGACCAUUCAGAUGAGCCUAUUCAGGAGUGCAUGGGUCCUGCUUAUCGCUGUGACAAUCACACCGACUUUUCCUGCAAGACAAACUAUCGAUGCAUCCCACUUUGGGCUGUUUGCAAUGGUUUUGAUGACUGUAGAGAUAACUCUGAUGAAGAAAAUUGUGAACAGAGAACAUGUGAUCCACUCGGGGACUUUCGCUGUGAAAAUCACCGCUGUAUUCCUCUGCGUUGGAAAUGCGAUAGAGAUGAUGACUGUGGGGAUGGAUCUGAUGAGCGCAACUGCAGCCCCCGGGAGUGCACAGAAAGUGAAUUCCGAUGUGAUAAUCUUCACUGUAUUCCCAGCCGCUGGCUCUGUGAUCACGACAAUGACUGCGAAGAUAACUCCGAUGAGAGAGAUUGUGAAAUGAGGACCUGCCAUCCUGGGUAUUUCCAAUGUAAUAGUGGACAUUGUGUCUCUGAGCGAUUUAGAUGUGAUGGAACAGCUGACUGUCUAGACUUUUCAGAUGAAAUAACUUGCCCAACCCUCUUUCCAAAUGGAACGUACUGCCCUCCAUCCAUGUUUGAGUGUAGGAACCAUAUCUGCAUCUUGCCAUACUGGAAGUGUGAUGGAGACAAUGACUGCGGAGAUGAUUCUGAUGAAGAACUGAACCUUUGCCUGGACAUCCCUUGUGAGCCUCCCUUCCGAUUUCGAUGUAGCAACAACCGCUGCAUCUACAGACAUGAGGUAUGCAACACCGUGGACGAUUGUGGCGACGGAAGCGAUGAGACUGAGGAGCAAUGCAGACCUCCCACCCCAAGACCAUGCACAGAGGAUGAAUACAAGUGCGGCAACUACCACUGCAUCUCCCAUCACUAUGUGUGCGAUAACUAUGAUGACUGUGAGGAUAGCUCGGAUGAAAUUGGGUGCAACGUAGGUACUGGACGUCACUGUGGAGAAAAUAUCUGUGAACAUAACUGCACUAACCUCGCUGAAGGGGGAUUUAUCUGUUCCUGCCGACCAGGGUACAAGGCCAGCGAGACCGAUCGCAAUUCUUGUGAUGAUAUUAAUGAGUGCGAUAUAUAUGGAAUGUGUCCACAAGACUGUAGGAACUCCAAAGGAAGUUAUGAAUGUUUCUGCUCUGAAGGAUUUAGAUCUGUUGGAGACGAACAUGGAAAACAAUGUGCAGCUGAGGGUAACCCCCCGAUUCUGCUGCUGCCGGACAAUGUACGGAUAAGGAGAUACAAUCUGUCUUCCGAGCAAUACUUCGAUUAUAUUGAGAAUCAGCAGCACAUCCAAGCCUUGGACUAUGACUGGGAUCCUGAGGGAAUAGACCUCAGUGUUGUAUACUACAGCAUUCGUGGGCAGGGCUCUGAGUUUGGAUCCAUCAGGCGGGCUUAUAUACCUACCUUUGAGGAUUAUGGUAAUAAUAUGGUAAAGGAUGUCGAUAUGAACUUGCGCUACAUUGUGAAUCCAGAUGGACUAGCCGUGGACUGGGUUGGAAGACACAUUUAUUGGACUGAUGCUGGAACAAAUCGUAUAGAAGUAGCAAAACUGGAUGGAAGAUAUAGAAAGUGGCUCAUUUACACUCAAGUGGACCAGCCAGCCGCCAUUGCUGUCAAUCCAGAGCUGGGAAUGAUGUAUUGGACAGACUGGGGAAGACAGCCUAAGAUUGAGCAAGCCUGGAUGGACGGGCAGCAGAGGCAGGUUCUGGUCUCAGAAGAACUUGGUUGGCCAACUGGAAUCACUAUUGACUACAUCAACAACAACAGAAUCUACUGGAGCGACUCCAAGGAGAACGUCAUUGAAUCUAUUAAACCUGAUGGCUCAGACAGACAGACAGUUUUACGUGGAGAUCUCGGCAACCCUUACAGCCUGGAUGUGUUUGAAGGCCAUCUGUACUGGACAACAAAGGAGAAGGGUGAAGUGUGGAAGAAAAAUAAGUUUGGUACUGGACCUAAGGUUAAAGUCCUAACAAUUAACCCAUGGCUGACUCAAGUGCGAAUAUACCACUCACAUCGUUACAACCGCACAGUUUCUAACCGCUGCAAAGACAUCUGCUCCCACCUGUGCUUACUGAGACCAGGAGGCUAUACAUGUUCCUGCCCUCAAGGGACCCAGUUCAUGGAUGGCACUACCACUGAGUGUGAUGCAGCUAUUGAACCCCCUCCAACUAUGCCCCCGGCAUGCAGAUGUAUGCAUGGAGGAACGUGCUAUUUUGAUGAAAUGGGGCUUCCAAAAUGCAAGUGUACAACUGGGUAUUCUGGAAGCUAUUGCAACAUGGCGUAUUCUACCGGCAUCCCUCCAGGAACUGCGGCAAUCGCAGUGCUCCUCACCGUCAUUUUGGUCAUUAUUAUCUGUGCUUUGGUGGUUGGCGGUCUCUUCAAUUACAGACGGACAGGAAAACUUUUGCCGGCUCUCCCUAAGUUCCCAAGUUUAAGUGCACUUGUGAAAUCAACAGAAAAUGGCAAUGGUGUAACGUUCCGGUCUGGAGCUGAUGUCAGCAUGGAAAUUGGGGUAUCUGGAUUUGGUGCGGAGUCUUCUAUAGAUAGAGUAAUGCAAAUGAGCGAAACUUUCACUCUGGAUGCUGGGAAAGAGCCAGUUACAUAUGAGAAUCCCAUGUACUCACACACUGGAGAAAGUGGUGUCAGCGUGGUGAACAUCAGCCAGCCGCCAGAUGUGACUGAAGUAAGCAGUGAACAAAAACAGGAUAAUUUUGAAAACCCGCUGUAUUCUGUUGACACCCCACAGACCUCAGCAAGCACAGAACCACUUCAGGUUGAGCAGGAAUCAAAGUGGAAUUUCUUUAAACGGAAGAUUAAACAAAGCACAAACUUUGAAAAUCCAAUCUAUGCGGAGAUGGAAAAAGACCAACAAAAUGAAACUGAGGAAGACCCAUCCCCCUUUACCUCCCCUCCUCCUCUUCCAAAACCUCAGAAAAAGGAGCAGCAACACUUUUCCUUCUCCCCCACCGAGGACACUUUCAUUGACACUGCCAAUCUCGUUAAGGAAGACUCAGAUGUAUAACCAUUUCCUCAACUAGGAACGCCGAAUCAUCAGACACUCUUGCACAUAUUUUUUCUAUGGGUCAAGAACAUUCAUGUUGUUAUAAAAUAGUCUCUUUUUAGCCUCUAGGUGAAGACUUUUUGCCUUUUUUUAAAUAAAAAAAAUAUGCCAAUUGCUAUUUUUAUGAACAAUUAUCACAAUGUACUAUAUGUAUAUCUUUGCACUGAGACUGACUGAAAAUAAUAUAAAUAUUUUGUAUAUUUGUAAAUUUUUUAGAGAAAUUAUUGUUGCUAUUGUGAAAGCAUUUGGAAUAGUACACGGUAAUUACAGGCACGUUAGUAAUUUGUAAUACAGGACACAAAGGAAUGCAUUAAUAUGUACAGGGCCGAGUUUAACAUCAACAUUUUUUUAAUUGUACAGAUGUUUAUACGAACUUCUAUUAAGAAAACUGCCUUUAUAGAGCUACAUGAAGAAAAUAUAUAUAUAUUUGUGUAUUGGUUCAGUUGCAUAUAUUUUCUGGUACCUGUGUGUAGACAAGUUUUCUUUUAGUCUACUUACUAUGCAAAACUUGGAACAAUCAGAUGUCAAUGAAAAAAAUAAAAUAUUAUUAAUGAUAUAUUGAACAAUG